AUGGGUUUAACGAAUUGUUCCCACGAGGAGCUGAUUAGUCGACUCGUUGACUCCAUCAAAGAAAUUUCUGGUUUUUCCUCUUCUAAAGGCUUCAUCGGGAAGAUCCAAGGCGAUCUCGUUCGUAGGAUCACGCUUCUCAGCCCUUUCUUCGAAGAAUUGAUUGACUCGGAAUUGCAGGAUGAACAAAUUCCAGGCUUCGAGGUUAUGAGAAUCGCUCUUGAUUCAAGUCUUGAGCUUUUCCGAUCUGUCAAUGGUGGAAGCAAGCUUUUUCAGAUUUUCCACAGGGACUCUGUUGUGCAGAAGUUCCACAACGUGACAGUGGAGAUAGAAGCAGCGUUAAGUCAGAUUCCUUACGAUACGAUCGAGGUUUCAGAGGAAGUCAGAGAACAGAUACAGCUUCUGCAUUCUCAAUUCAAGAGAGCAAAAGAAAGACAAGAGGAAGAUUAUGAUACGCAGCUUAGCGAUGAUCUAGCCAUAGCAGAGAAUGUGAUGGAUCCCGACACUAUCAUCCUCAAAAGACUGUCACAAGAGCUACAACUCAGCACCAUUGAUGAGCUGAAAAAAGAAUCACACGCCAUACACAAAUACUUCCUCUCAUACGAUGGUGAUCCUGACGACUGUUUCGAGCGGAUGUCCUCUCUUCUUAAACAGCUUGUAGACUGCGCAUCAAUGGAUAGCUCAGAGCCUGAUACAUCCGCAAGCAACAAGAUCGUUUCGAGGCAUCGUUCUCCAGUUAUACCAGAGUACUUCAGGUGUCCUAUAUCACUUGAGCUGAUGAAAGAUCCUGUCAUCGUCUCCACUGGACAGACAUAUGAGAGAUCAUCUAUCCAGAAGUGGCUUGAUGCUGGUCAUAAGACGUGUCCGAAGUCUCAGGAGACGCUGCUGCAUUCUGGAUUAACACCUAACUACGUGUUGAAGAGUCUCAUUGCUCUGUGGUGUGAGAGCAACGGUAUUGAGCUUCCGCAGAACCAAGCGAUCUACAGAACAGCAAAGCCAGGAGGAGGAAGCGGCUCUUUAGACUGUGACCGAGCGUUUGUCCGUUCCUUGUUAGAGAAACUGGACAACGGUGCUACAGAAGAGCAGAGAGCUGCAGCUGGAGAGUUGCGGUUGCUAGCUAAGAGGAACGCUGAUAACAGAGUUUGUAUCGCUGAAGCUGGAGCCAUACCGAGGCUUGUGGAGCUUCUGUCUUCACCUGAUCCUCGGACUCAAGAGCAUUCUGUGACUGCUCUUCUCAAUCUUUCGAUAAAUGAGUGUAACAAAGGGUUCAUUGUUGAUGCGGGAGCUAUAACGGAUAUAGUUGAGGUGCUGAAGAACGGAAGCAUGGAGGCUAGAGAGAACGCGGCUGCGACUCUUUUCAGUUUAUCUGUUAUAGAUGAGAACAAAGUGGCUAUAGGUGCUGCUGGAGCUAUCCAAGCGCUUAUAAGCUUGCUUGAGGAAGGAACAAGAAGAGGCAAGAAAGACGCGGCAACAGCGAUAUUCAAUCUUUGCAUAUACCAGGGGAAUAAGUCAAGAGCGGUUAAAGGUGGUAUUGUCAAUCCUCUGACGAGAUUGCUGAAAGAUGCAGGUGGUGGGAUGGUGGAUGAAGCCUUGGCGAUUCUUGCGAUUCUUUCGACGAACCAAGAAGGGAAAACAGCGAUAGCUGAAGCGGAAUCGAUCCCGGUUUUGGUUGAGAUUAUCAGGACAGGGUCACCUAGGAACAGGGAGAACGCUGCAGCGAUACUUUGGUAUCUUUGUAUUGGGAAUAUGGAGAGGUUGAAUGUAGCGAGAGAGGUUGGUGCAGAUGUUGCCUUGAAGGAACUUACUGAGAAUGGAACUGAUAGAGCAAAGAGGAAAGCUGGGAGCUUGUUGGAGCUUAUUCAGCAAAUUGAAGGCGUUGCAGCAUCUACUGUUGAAUGA